GCAGUACUUUCAACGAUAUGCCUAACAGUUUCUUGUCCAACAGCUAUUCGACAACCUGGAAGAAGAUGUGAAGAGGAAGGUGACACUGCUGACUGGAGACGUGACAAUGCCGAACAUAGGGCUCUCCUGGGUAGACAUGGAGAGGAUAAAGGGGCGUGUGGAUGUAGUGUUCCACGUGGCAGCCAUCGUCAACUUCAGCGCUGCUUUGGACAAAGCUGUCAUCACUAACGUGGGAGGGACAGCCGCCGUCCUAGCCAUCGCCAAGGAAAUGCUCAAUCUACAGGCACUGGUGUACGUGUCUACAGCGUAUUGCAACUGCACCGUUGAUGGAUUCAUCGAAGAGAAGGUUUACCAAAGCCGGUGGGACCCGAUGGAACUCCUCAGGGAAGUGAUGGAGUCUCCAUCCGAAGAGAUCAAUAGAAGAACAAAAGAAUUUCUAAUAGACCAUCCCAACACUUACUCAUUCACCAAACAGCUAGCAGAAAACCUAAUUGCUCAGGAAUGUGGAGACUUGCCAAUAGCGAUUGUAAGGCCUUCUAUCGGUGAAAAUGGAGAGAGAGACUUCAGCCUUGAAGACAAAGAAGGUCGUGGACACACUUCCUCUCUUGAUGACGAUGUUCUGCUAGCUUUGGUGGAAAAAACCCCGAGAACAUCCGUUCGAGAACUUGCAGGAAAACUCAGCCUUCGCAGAUCGAUUGUCGAUGACCACCUCAAGGCGAUUGGGAAGGUGAAAAGGCAUGCGAAUUGGGUUCCACUCACAUUAAACAACCGCCAUAAAAACUAG